AUGCCUUCCACCAUCUUCAAACCUGUUACCGCCUUGGGCCGCCGCGUGCGCACCCUCUGUGCGAAGAUCACCCGUAAAACCCUCCGCAAGGCCACCAUCGCUUCCGACGAGUCGUUCUGCUUCAUGACAACCCCUGAGGACGAUGACGAGUCUGCGGUCGUCAACAAAGAUACGGAGGAGCUCAAGGAAGAAACCGUCGCCGUCGAAGUCACCGCGCUGAACGACGACGGCGCCGUCGGCACUUCGACUGUCACUCCCGUCGACAAGUUCACGCCGGAAGACGUCAGGCGGAUCAUCCGCAUGCAUGGCGUAGGCACGAUGACAAUGUCCAAAUGCGUGAGAUGGGAGAUGUGCUACGGCCCGUUCCGGCUCCACCACUUGCAGCCCGACCGCGAACAGUGGGCGACGCUGACCGUGGAGGAGCGCAUUGUCAAGAUCGGAUACAGACAAGGGGUAACGGGGUCAGAGGACCGAAGUCCGAAACGCCUCGCCUUCGUCAAGGGGCACCCGCUAGCAUACGACUUGGUGUUCUCGGUGUUGAAUCUGCCGCAUCCGGACGACAUAUACCGGCAAUGCAUUUGGGCCGUGUUCAAGGCAGGCCGGGCUUACAUCUGGGAGGAAGAAGACCGAGAGGAGGAGGAGGCGCGAACGAAGGCGGAAGAAGCGACCGUUCCACGAGGCGACGGCUCGGUGCAGGCGGCAGGCGGCGAUGCAGAAGAAGCGACCACCCGGUUCCUACGUGUGCAGGCGCACUCCGGUCUUGAACCCACCCACCCGACUCCGUUCGCCGUGACAGAGACCCACGACCACAGCAGCACGCUAUCCGCGUGCGAAUCCUUCUUCGAGAUCGACAGAGCGCAGCUGCGCUCCAAAAACCUGGCCCCGAAACCCAUCAUGGGGACCAUCGACGACGUUCAGGGAAACCGACCGCCACUCGCCGGCACGUCAGGAAGGAGAACCGGACGCGACCGACCUGCCAGCCUUGCCUGGUUAGACCCGCUGGAGGACGCGGAGGAUAUGGACGAGGAGGACGUGAACGAGGCGGGCGAUGACGAGGAAGAGGACAAGGCGGGACUCAACGGAUGCUCCUAA